AUGGCGAACCGUCCCUUGCGCAACACAAAGGCGAGCCUGUUGCUUGGAUCUGAGCACUAUGCUGUCGAACUCGAAAAGCAAGCCGGUGGUUCCUCAUCAGCAACGAGCGGUGAUUCACUCGCGAUUAAAUUCCCGAUCGGAAGUGAAGUCCAAGGUUGUGCCAUGUACCAUAAAUGCACGGCUGGUGAAGGCGUCAACCAAAUAAACGGACUGUACGUCGAGAACGACCCAAAUCUGCUUGACCUGAUGGCUAUGCAGCGAUCUGGACCUCACUUCAAGUACAGCCACUUUGGUAACGCAAAUUCCACGGCUUCGUCGUACAUGACUCAGAACUUGAACUCUGCCGGAAAUGCCCUCCUGUACAUCGACUGUACAAAGUCUGGGGCUGGCGACCAGAUCAACAACAUCGAUGCCACGUACGACCGAGAUUUGUGUGGGCUCCCGGUCUUGCACGCCUACUAUUCCGGUUGCAACACGCUGUCGAGCCAAGACCGUGCUCAGAAAGCAACUGGACAAAGGCAGAUCAACGGUCCAAGCCUGAGGAGACAGAAAAAGGCUCAUACCGAGGAUUGA